AUGUUUCUACUCUUUGUUAUACUUAUUCUCUUCAAGUUCGGAGCACCCGAUGAGGAUUGUAUUCCUAAUGAAGCUGAAAAGGCUCGAUGUAUCAAGAAAUACUACGAUAUUCGAAAAAACUCCUUGUCUCUGGAUUUCAUACAAGACGCUAGUAUUGAGACCAUUUUUAACAUCUGCGCAGAGUUCCGAACAUGUGCUCCAUCGAUAGAAUGUGGAGAGGAAAACAAGGAAAUCAAAGUGGAAAAAAUGAUGAAGUUCUGUGAUGUGAUGGAGUAUCGCAAGAAUCAUCCGUUCGAAGAUUGUGGUCGAAAAGUGAACGAUCGGAUGUCGCAAUGCUACAGGGACUGGGGAUCGCCAUUACCAGAAAGUGACGAUCCAAAAAAGACGGAGGAGAUUUUGGAAGAGUUUUGUAUGAGCUAUUUUGGAAAAGACAAUUGUAUGGAGACCGAAGUUACUGAGUUGUGUGGUGUGGAAGGAUGGAUCGUUUUUAAGAAGAUGUUCCUGGAUUUCAACAAGGUUAGUGGACGUUGCCAGUUUGAUUGA